AUGGCGACAGCAACAACAGAUAUGUCUUUUGAAUGCAUGCACGGCCAAGCUGGAGACAGCAAUUGGAAGUUACCACAACUUGUUGUAGCAAGUACCAAAAAAGCUCGACCGGACAUGUACGGCACCAUCGAUGCAAGCGAAUACUUGGAUGUCGAUACUGUGCUUGAUGCUAAACUCGAUAUCGUUGUCUCUUUGAUUGAGAAAAGUAAACAAUUUGUUGUUUAUACGGGUGCGGGAAUCUCGACCUCAUCUGGUAUUGGUGAUUACGCAUCAAAAGCAUCCAAUUCCAUUGUCAUGCAAGAAACAAGUGUCAAUCGUUUGAAAGCUAAACCAACGCUGACUCAUCAUGUGUUAGUCGCACUGGAAAAGAAACAUCUAUUGCAACACUGGGUACAACAGAAUCACGAUGGUUUGGCUCAACGGGCUGGUUAUCCACAAGAAAAAUUGAAUGAAAUUCAUGGAUCUUGGUUCGAUAAAAAGAAUCCUGUUGUUUUGAUGGAUGAUAAACUUCGGCCUGAUUUACAUAAAUGGAUGUUAGAAUGGGCAAAAAAGUCAGAUUUGGUAUUAGCUAUGGGAUCAUCGAUGUGUGGUAUGGAAGCAGAUGUAGUUGCAACUAGCGUAGCUGAAAGAGAAGGAACGCUUGUUUCAUGUAUAAUAUUUCUUAUUUCAAUUUAUUCUUAUCUUCAACAUCUUGAAAAUGAUCACACACUAAUUCCAUCAAGUUUUACCGUGUCAUUAACAUCUACAGAUAGCCCUUCCAUCUUGCCCUCAUCAUUGAGUGUCACAACAAGGCAACUUCCAAGCACUCCUGAUGAACAAUCUCUUCGCGAAAAAGUUCUUUACUCACACGAAAAAGAUCCGUCGAUGUUGAGUCGUUUUACGUUUAUUAAUCCGUCCGAAUCGAUUUGUAAUUAUCCAAAUGACACCGAACAGUUUAUGAUCAUCAUUGUUCUAUCACGCGCGAUUAAUUUCGAUUACCGUCAUGUCAUACGCGCAACAUGGGGUCGCAAUGGUAAAUACAAAAAAAGUAAGAUUUACAUCCAGACAAUAUUUUUCGUUGGGACGGAUGAUCAUGCUCAAGCAGCUGUACGAGAUGAACAGACACUAUUCCACGAUGUUGUAGAAGUCGGUAUACCAGAGAACUAUCCAUUCGUCGCUCACAAAGAAUUAGCAUCAUUACUAUGGACUCGGUAUUAUUGUCCAUUGGCUCGUAUUGUAUUUCGUGCAGAUGAUGAUAUUCUAUUAGAUAUAUUUCUCUUGUUAGAAUACAUUGAACAAAGUUUGGAUUUUCGUAAGAAAGAUGGUCUCUACGGGUGGUUUCGUUUUAACAAUACAGUGCAUCGUGCAGAUAAGUGGGCUGUAACUAAACUUGAAUAUUCAUCGACUAUCUAUCCUCCAUACACAUUUGGUAUUGGUUAUUUAUUUUCGAAUGUCUCGUGUCAACGCCUUGUUGACGCAGCCAAUCAUCCCAAUCAUGAAAUUAUACGUAUUGGUGAUGCUUAUAUAACAGGAAUAUUACGCGAAUUAGCAAAUCUUCCAUAUUACGAUUUCGAUGAUCUUCAAUAUGCGUAUACAUUCUAUGCAGAAAUUCCGUGUGAGGAGUAUUUCGAAAACAAUCCAGAUCUGUUGAUAUGUAUGUCAAAGUUACAUAUUGGCCAACGGGGUGAUCCGUACCAGUUCUAUGAUGCAUGGGAUGUUAUUUUAGAAAGAAAUAAUUUAUCAUUGUUAACUAUAUGA